UGUAUCUUCCAUGGGAUUUGGCGUGGUGACGUCAGCACGUCCUGACCUCUCGCGAGCGCAGGAAACUGGAGCAGCGACAAACUCUCGCUUUAAAUUUAGUUUUAACUCUUUUUUCCCUUUUAAUUGUUGUUUUUCGAACCCAAACCGGCCGACGAAAGGCUUUGUUUGUGGCCAGUGUCGUUUAAAGAGCGCGCUGUGCUUUAAAAGUGGUGGAUUUGUACUUUUAUCCCGGUGUUUUUCCUCAUGGAUCAGAUGGUGACGCGUCAGAAUAAUUGACACUAAUAAACGCGAUUCAUUAAUUCAUAUUUUCUAAAUACAACACGUCAUUAAAGGUCGGGUUUGGGCGUAGAUUUUAACCGCUGAAGUUGUUCUAUUCCUGCGCUUUAAGGAUUAUAAUUUUGAUUACUCUUGUUUAGCUGCUAAUGCUAACUAGCGCAGGCCGCUGUUGGAGUUUAUUUAUAUUUAAGUAUUUGUAUAUUGAUGAGAUUUAUAGGUGUGUGUGAGUGUAUAUGAAUGGCAGUGAGAAUCUGAUGGGCUUUGAUCGAUCAGGGAUGUCUUCUCCAUCACUUCAGACUCGGAUCUCUGGGAAGGAGUGAUGUUUCUCACUCGUUAUAAAGGCCUCGUUUAUUUUCUUUAUUUUUUCGCUCACUCUGCGAUCUUUUUAAAAGUGAUCGGUGACUUAUUUCGCUCAUGUCGUAAAGUUUGAUGGCUUGACGAACAAUUUGCGUCUUAGUUUAUCUUUUAAAUGUAUUAGCUGUGAUUGAACUGGACAUUAUAGAGAAGAGGAGAAACAAACCCUGCUGAGAAUCAAGAUGAUGUGCGAGGUGAUGCCCACCAUCAGCGAGGCGGAGGUCGGCGGUAACGGAAGCGCUCUGGGCUCCGGCUCUCCCGUGCAGACGGACUCUGAGGGCCACUUUGAGUCUCUGAUGGUGUCUAUGCUGGAGGAGAGAGACCGGCUGCUGGACACGCUCAGAGAGACGCAGGAGAACCUGUGUGUGACGCAGAGCAAACUACACGAGAUCAGCCACGAGCGAGACUCGCUGCAGAGACAGCUCAACAGCGCACUGCCACAGGAAUUUGCUGCUCUUACGAAGGAAGUGAAUAUGUGUCGAGAGCAGCUGCUGGAGCGAGAGGAGGAGAUCGCCGAGCUCAAAGCAGAAAGAAACAACACGCGCUUGUUGCUGGAGCAUCUGGAGUGUCUGGUGUCUCGUCAUGAGCGCUCCCUGAGAAUGACCGUAGUGAAGCGUCAGGCGCAGUCUCCCGCCGGCGUCUCCAGUGAGGUGGAAGUGCUCAAAGCUCUCAAAUCUCUCUUUGAGCACCACAAAGCCCUGGACGAGAAGGUGCGGGAGCGUCUGCGCGUGGCUCUGGAGAGAUGCAGCGUGCUGGAGGAACAGCUGACCGCCUCUCAUAAAGAGCUGGCGUUUGUUAAGGAGCAGAGCAGUCAGAGGAAGGUGUUUAUGGACGGAUCAGCAGAAGUGAAUCACAGCUCUGAUGACGCACCAAACACUAAUGGCAAGCAGCGCUUGUCAGACGUCUCUCUGGGUCCAGAGGAGGAUUGUGGGAAGAACGGGGACCUGCAGGAGGCGAUGGACAGACAGAGUAAAGAGCUCCUGCACAUGAAGGAGCGUGUGGCGACUCUGAGCAGCCGCGUCGCUGAGCUGGAGGAGGACCUGGACACGGCCCGCAAAGACCUCAUCAAGUCAGAGGACGUCAACAGCCGCCUGCAGAGAGACAUACGCGAGUCUCUGGCUCAGAAGGAGGACAUGGAGGAGAGAAUCACCACGCUAGAGAAGCGCUACCUGGCGGCUCAGAGGGAAGCCACGUCUGUCCACGACCUCAACGACAAACUGGAGAACGAGAUCGCCAACAAGGACUCUCUGUUCUGCCAGGUGGAGGAGAAGAGCCGGCAGCUGCAGGAGCGACUGGAGCUGGCCGAGCAGAAGCUGCAGCAGACCCUACGCAAGGCAGAGACGCUGCCCGAGGUGGAGGCAGAGCUGGCGCAGAGGGUCGUGGCUCUCACUAAGGCGGAGGAGCGUCAUGGGAACGUGGAGGAGCGUCUCAGACAGAUGGAGGCGCAGCUGGAGGAGAAGAACCAGGAGCUGCUCAGGGCGCGUCAGCGAGAGAAGAUGAACGAAGAGCACAACAAGCGUCUGUCGGAGACGGUGGACAAGCUGCUGUCCGAGUCCAACGAGAGGCUGCAGCUGCACCUGAAGGAGCGCAUGUCUGCGCUGGAGGACAAGAACGCUCUGAUCCGGGACCUGGAGCACACGAAGAAGCUGAUCGAGGAGGCUCAUCACGAGAAGGAGCAGCUGCUCAUCCAGAUCGAGACCAUGAGGGCGGAGCACGAGAGGGGCCGCAGCAGGAGCAACUCUCUGCUGCAUCAUGGGCGUUCUCAUGCGAGUGGCACGCCUGAUUUUAGGUACCCGGUGUCUGUGUCGUCAGCGAUGGACAGUCACUACAGCGGCGCGCUGGUGCUCAGACGACCCCAGAAGGGCCGUGUGUCUGCGCUCCGAGACGAACCCUCCAAGGUGCAGACGCUGGACGAGCAGGAGUGGGAUCGGCUGCAGCAGGCUAAUGUUCUGGCUAACGUGGCUCACGCGUUUGAGAGCGAUAUGGACAUGUCAGACGUGGAAGAUGACAGAGAAACGGUCUUCAGCUCCAUGGACCUUCUGUCUCCUGCUGGACAGGCAGACGCUCAGACUCUCGCCCUGAUGCUGCAGGAGCAGCUGGACGCCAUUAACAACGAGAUACGGAUGAUACAGGAGGAGAAGGAGAACACGACGCUGAGAGCCGAGGAGAUCGAGAGCCGUGUGGGCAGCGGAGACGAUCUGGGCGGCCGCUUCCGCUCCCUGGCGUCCCUCCCGCCCUCCUUCCACGGUUCAUCUCACGGCGAGGCCUCGCCGCCCGGAUCGGGUCACUCCACGCCCCGCCGGCCGUCCCGCAGCCCCAGCCGAGAGCUGGACCGCAUGGGGGUCAUGACCCUGCCUAGCGAUUUGCGGAAACAUCGUAGGAAGUGUGCUCAGGACGAUAAAGCCACUAUCAGAUGUGAGACGUCUCCUCCGUCCACCCCGUCCUCCAUCAGACUCCAUAAAGGAGCGCUGCACACCGCCAGCCACGAGGACAUCAGAGACGUGCGCGGCGCCGGGCUGCAGGACGGAGCGGGCAGUAAUCCCAGCAGCAGCAACAGCAGUCAGGACUCGCUCAACAAGGGCGCCAAGAAGAAAAGCAUCAAGGUCUCCAUCGGCCGUCUGUUCGCAAAGAAGGAGAAGAGUCGACCCAAUCCUGUGGGAAAAGAGUCUCCUGUCCCAGUGCCGGCAGGAACGCCUGACGGAAGCGGCUCACCGGACGCCAUGACGCUCGGCAAACUGGGCGGCCCUGCAGAGAAGAACAGAAAACUGCAGAAGAACCCAAACUCAGGACAUGAACUGCUGGAGGAAGCCUGUCGGCAGGGUCUGCCGUUCGCUCAGUGGGACGGACCCACCGUCGUGGUGUGGCUCGAGCUGUGGGUCGGGAUGCCCGCGUGGUACGUGGCAGCGUGCCGUGCCAAUGUGAAGAGCGGUGCCAUCAUGUCCGCCCUGUCCGACACCGAGAUUCAGCGUGAGAUUGGCAUCAGCAACCCUCUUCACCGCCUCAAACUACGUCUUGCUAUUCAGGAGAUCAUGUCGCUCACGAGCCCGUCGGCGCCACCUACCUCCAGAACGUCUUCUGGGAAUGUCUGGCUCACGCAUGAGGAGAUGGAGAGUUUGGCCGCCACGCCGCUCACGGAGGACGAGGAGGGCGGCUGGGCCCAGACUCUGGCCUACGGCGACAUGAAUCACGAAUGGAUUGGUAACGACUGGCUGCCGAGCCUCGGCUUACCUCAGUACCGCAGUUACUUCAUGGAGUCGCUGGUAGACGCUCGUAUGCUGGAUCAUCUGACCAAAAAAGACCUCCGCAGUCAGCUCAAAAUGGUGGACAGUUUCCAUAGGAACAGUUUUCAGUGCGGUGUGAUGUGUUUGAGACGACUGAACUACGACAGAAAGGACCUUGAGCGAAGACGUGAGGAGUCACAGGUUGAAGUCAAAGAUGUGCUGGUGUGGACGAACGAGCGCGUGGUCAGCUGGGUUCAGGCCAUCGGCUUAAAGGACUACGCCAGCAACCUUCUGGAGAGCGGUGUUCAUGGAGCGCUCAUCGCCUUAGACGAGUCCUUCGACCACAACGCCUUGGCUCUGCUUCUGCAGAUCCCUACGCAGUGCACACAGGCGAGAGCGUUACUGGAGCACGAGUACGGUCACCUGAUAGCCGCGGGAACAGAGAGGAGACUGGAAGAGGAUGACGACAAGAACUUCCGCCGCGCGCCGUCCUGGAGGAAGAAGUUUCGCCCCAAAGACGUGCGCGGGAUGAGCGUGAGCGCCUCUGACACGCUGCCUGCGAGCUUCAGGGUGAGCGCCGGAGACACCGCCCUGCUGGCUAAGAAACCGCAGCUGGACGGCGGCGUGAGCGGAGUUCAGCGUCUGGACUCGGCCGCAGUCAGAACAUACUCCUGCUGAUCUCAACCAGGUGACGCAGCAGAAGAUCACGAGCCCCGUCAGGCUGGAGUUCCACAGCAUUCCUUUGGGAUUUUCCCUGUUACAGACCCAUAAUCCCAUCAACACAAACUCUUAGCGUCCCGCGGGUUUUUACUCUAGAUUUCAACUCUUCUAUUUAUUCCUCCAGAGGGACGUCUCACUAAUUCAGCAGUGUUUCAUAUCAACUUUUGCUUGAUUUUAUUCGGUCACCUUUUAAUUCACGCGUCCUAAUCCAGUUCAAUCUUCUAGAUGUAAUUUAUGUAUCACGAGAGUCCAGAGUUUGUACAUUUACGUCUGUAGGCAUAAUCUCAUUUUUAUCAUUCUCCAUGAGUAUUUUUAUCGUAUCGGCGACUUAUUGAUUUUGUUUUAAAUCUUCCAGCUAAAAGUACUUUGUGUGUUUGAUCUUAACUCUCUUAAUCUUCUCUCCUCUCCCUGUCGAUUCUGAGAAAGUGGCCCGCGUCAAUGGCAUUGUGUGAAUAUCGGGGUCGGUACGUGUUUUAUAUCCUGAUACCAAAAUCAGACCCUUGGAAAAGCCAUACUUUGUAAUAAUUAUGAGGGCUAUUUUGAAUACAUCUUUCUACAGAUCUGAUGUUGAUGCCAGGAUUCUCUAGCAUCUGUUUGGCUGAAAGUCACUGUUUAUCCAUUCCCUUUGUGCUGCAUUACAGGUGUGUGUGUGUGUGUGUGUGUGUGUGUGUGUGUGUGUGUGUGUGUGUGUGUGUGUGUGUGUGUGUGUGUGUGUGUGUGUGUGUGAUUCUCAGACGGACCAAUCCUCCAGUGGCCUCUCUCUGCUCAGUCCUGAUCUCUCUCACUGUAAUCAAGCCUUAUAUUUGUAGCCACUCCUUUUGUUUCAAUGACCCUUUUUGAUAUCGUAUGUAUCGGCCUUUAUGUAGGAAUUGUCAUUUUUGGAUGAUAUCAAAGGCUGGAAUCAUAUCCCAGUCUUCUCGAUUUUGUAAUUUUACAUUCUUUAGUCACAUGUGUACAAUUAAAGUCAUGUUACUAUCUUUUUAUUGUCCUUUAUUUAAACAAAUCUUCUGGUCCUGUAAUAGAAAUAAUGUACAGUCUAAGUACUUAUGAACUAUUUUUAUCACAGUAUUAUUUAUUUCUUUCAUUUCAAUAAAAUACUGAAACUUAUUUUCCACUGCCAAUAAAAAUAAGUCUUUAUGAACAGAUGAUUUUUCCUGAAUCUUUUCUUCUCUCUGAUGUCUUGUUUGAUAAAUUUCUGCCCAUUUAAUGCUAAAAUAUGAUAAAUCAGCAUUCUAAUAAUUAAAAAAGAGCCGCUCUGAAAAGACUCGUCACCAAAGAUGAUAUAAGAUGCUUCUGAUUUAAUCUUGAUAAAACACCUCUGUGAUGAAAUAGUGUAUUGAUUUAAUGGAAUCUAUUCAUGAAAAUGAAUUGGUGUGAAAUAAAGCUCAUCCAAUUUCAUUCAUGAAAUGCAAGUCAAUCUGUUGUCUUUUGUUUAGUUGUGAAUGAAUCUGAGGAGCUGCAGUCAGUCAGGGUCAGAGGUCACUCCUGGAUCAGCUUCAGAUGGACUGAUGAAGAACAGAUCCGGUCUGAAACAUGACGCUUUCCUCUUGAUUCUGACCAACUUCUGCUCCACUGACCACCUAAAUUCAUUCAUAUGUUUUAUUAAAAUCAUACUAUCAUGAGAAUAACACAUUCUUCCUGAUAUUAAAUGCGCAGUUCAGUUCAAUUGUUUCAGGCUGAAAUUGCUGACAUGAAGUAUAAAUAUUAUUUAUCAGUUUAACUUGUUAGGGUUUGAGUUCUGUGAGAACCAGGUUAAUUUCAGUCAGAUUUAUGAUCUGUGUAUUCUUUGCAUUGCAUUUCUAUACAAUUUUAAACAAUGUAAAUGUAAGAUGUCUUAUUUCUUGAUUCCUCGUCACAUAAACUCACUUUCUAUUAAAAAUGUCACAUGAUCAAAUAAAAAAACAUGACAUGAGAGUGAACGCAAAUGAUCUGCCAUGAAAGAAAGAACAUUUCUGCUAGUAAGUUAAUUCACUGCACCUGAUUUCCUGAUGAUUAAUUAAACUAAUUACAAAUAAACUGAAGAAUCAAUCAGUUGUUCCUCUGACUGACUCAGAUCCACAGCGGCGAUGGAAACACACCUCAGCAGGUCCGGGUUCCUCCAGGCUCUCCUGCGGGCCUCCGCGCUCUGUCUCGCGGGUGUGUUUGUUCUGUCGGGUCGCUCCGGCGGCGUCCUGCUGUGCUACUAUCGCCCCCUGCAGGCCAGAGGCGGCCUCUGCACCAACAUGACCACGGAGUGCAGGCCGCACGAGCGCUGCUUCUCCGGCUGGAGGCGCUACGGUCCGGUGUCGGUGCUGGCCGCCCAGGGCUGCGCGUCCCCGGAGCUGUGCGGCUCUAACCACACGGUCACUCUCGCGGGCUCCGACUAUCAGAUCAGCUACACGUGCUGCUGUCACGACCGCUGCAAUGAAGCUCCCGCACCGGAGAACCGUCUCAAGCAGCUGCUCGGGGUCACGGUCAGACCGACGGACAGCAUCACCGCGGGUGACCCGCUUCACUGUCCGGAAGAGUGACGCACUAAACCCUGGAAAUGAGUUUUACUGAGCGCGUGACACAAGCAAAUGUCGCGUGCACAUGAUGGUUUGUAUUAAUAACGUGACGAUUUUAUUAAUGCGACGGACUGCCGUUUCUUCCCUUCAUCAGCAGGUUUACAGUCAGGGAACUGAAGAACCUUUGUUGAAAAUAAACCAUGAUUGAGUCCAUUUUAUCACUCAAUGUCUAUAAUGGUAAACCAUUACUGGUUAUGAGGGUCUGGUUCAAUGAAACACCAUUAUGUGGUGAAAUUGUCAAGAUGGAGUAUUUGUGACUGUAUUUGUUCUCAUCUAACUACCUUUUUUCAACUACAGCCAGUUGUUUUAACUCUGUUUUUGCACUAUUUAUAUCCAAACAUUAGUUUUCCCACACACAUCUGCUAUAAAUGAAUGUUUUGACUUCUACAGCUCAUCCCUAAACUACUGUAUAUGAAACCAUGCUUCAGUUUAAAUACUGUACAUUUAAUUGGUUUUGUUCAUUUCUACACAGUCUUUAACUCCAUUUAAGCAUUUUAAUUAAAGUGGGCAAUAAAAUUGGAAACAUAUUCCAAAACAGCAAAAAAGUUGGAAAAUGAAACGUAAAAUGUGGGAUAUCAAAUUAAACUUGUGUGUUCAUCACUUUCACAAUUACAGCACUGACUGAUGUUCGUCACCAAAUCUCAUGAGAAAACCGAAGUAUUUUUUGAUUUCAUGUGGAUUUGUAAAAUGUGAUUUGUGUGAAAACUUUUUUUUUUUUUUUUCUUCUUCCUUUUCUAAUAAGCAUGAAGGUCCACUCUAAAUCUGACCAUCAGUGGGUUUAAGCAGAUCGUACAAAUACAGAUGAUUUGACCACAAUUUUGCCAAAAUGUAAUAAUUACAAAUUUCCAUGACGUUGUUGCCUUUUGUUCAAGAUUUAGUUAGUAAAUGGGUAAAAUUGUUUCAAUCCCUCCAUCUGAUCCCACAUGACAUUUCUAGUUUAAGUGAAAGUUUUGGGUAAAUUCUAAUAUCAUGCAGCACUGCCGUUAAGGCGUCAUAUAUAUCGUUUUAAUUUUUUAGUGAUUCUUAUUUAUUUCCAGUUUCAAUUCCAAUAAGGUAUAAAGUCAAACAUUUAGAUAUCAAUCGUGUGUCUUUUGGCAAAACAUUUUGUUGAAUACCAUGAACAAAAAUCAGCCUAAAGAACACUUACAUGAGGAGCUUGACUAUGGUUCAUUAAAAAUAUCAGAAAAAACGACUUACUAAUAGCCUAUAGAUUUCAAACUUUAUUAAAGACAAUUAAAUAGCAAUAAAAUGAGAACAAAUAAAUUAGCAAUAGCACAAAUACAAGAAAAUAAAUAUAAUCAAAUGUAAAAUAAUGCCGCUCUUUUUAUAAAAAAAAAAAAAUUAAUCUUUAUUAAAGUGAAAGUUAUUCAGUCAAGAUCAGUGACUUUAGAUAUUUUGGCUUGAUUUUGUGUUUGUCCGUUCAAGUGCAAGAAGAUGCUAAAGAGAACUUAACUCAGUAUUCACACAGGCGAGUGCUGCAUCCGGUGCUUCAAUAGUUUAAAAUCACAUUCAAUUGUGCACACAGUCAACAAGUGGAAUAGAAGUUUUAAUUUUAAUCAAGUGUCCAUUUCCAGAAUGGGAAUUCGAUUCCCAACCGCAGUGCCGGUGUGGGACGACCUGGAUCUCAUCAGAUGUUUCAAAAUUGUACACUUUGGUAAACUUUCUGUAUUGGAUUUCUUCUCUUUUGUUUUCUUUUUGUGGUUCCUAAAGUCUGCGCAUGUGUUUGUGUGGAGAACAUACUGUUAAUCUGAUGAAGUUACAACCGUCUGACUGGAUCGAUUUGGUUGGUGCCACUAGUGUGGAUAUGAGAACCAAAAUUCAAUUGUAGUUGAAUACAGAAAGUAAACUCACCCUGUUCACACACUUUCAGUUUCCAGAUGUUAAUAACAGAACAUCAUUAGUCUUGAGGAACUGAGAUGUUCAGGAGAUCAGCUCGUGCAGAGCCUUCAUCAGGUCCGGUUACACAGACUAACCGUGUGCUGAUUGAGCUGUGCAGCAAUUAAAGUAAUUAAGGCAACAGCUCACACCUGGAUUAUGGAUGUGUGUCUUAUUUAACACACACACGACCUCUCAUUUGAGAAGCUGUUUGUUGCAGUGCACUUGUGUGUUUUUCUGGGACAAAAUGCAGUCUAAAUCUGUUCUUCAGUGGAUCUCAGGCCUGGUUUUCUUGGUUUUGUGUCUUCAGCCUGGCGUCGUCUGUCAAAACCUCAUGUGUUACUUCUGUCCUCUGACGUCCUUCAACAAGACCUGUAAACACACUCUGUCCGAGUGUCCGCCGCAGCAGCUGUGCUUCACCUCCGACGGACGCUUCGGACGGGCCUCCCUGCUGUUCUCCAAGGGCUGCAUAACCAGGAGCGACUGCGUCCGACCCAAGAGUUCUGUGGUCCGCGGGAACAACGUCACCUUCACGUACUCGUGCUGCAGCCGGAGCUACUGUAACUCCAGCGGGCGCGGCGCGGCCCGUCCGGCUCUGCUCGCAGUGACUGCUAUCGCUGUGAGUGUGUUUGCAGCCGGACUGUGGUGAUCCUCUAGAGACAUGGACGAAACACGGCACUCAUCUGCUACUGAGCCUUUAGGAAGCUGUGUGGAAGUAUUUUAAUGUGCACUUCUUUUAACUGAGCCUCAUUAAAUGUGUUGAUCUUAAA